CACAUUCUCUCUCUCUCUCUCUCUCUCUCAUAUAAGUGGAAGGGCUCCUUAUCACAUAUAUAUGAUGAUGGAUCAAAAGAAGCCAUUAAUGCUUCAUCUCUUGCUUUUGCUUCUCUUCUUCUCAUGCUUUUUUCUACAUCAUUCGGUUGCUGUGCCUCUAUCUAGAAGUGUUGUGUUGCCGAGCCAAGAAGCAGAAGCUCCAGAGGUGGCAAACAAGGAAAUGCGAAGGCUCGACGAAGAGAUCAUCGCGAGGAUGGCCAUAGAGAGCGACGACUACCCGGGUUCGGGCGCAAAUAAUCGCCAUGAUCCGAGGAGUCCAGGGAGACCUUAACUCUUAGUUUGUAUCUAAUAUAUUGUUAAAUUUUGAUAUAUAUAGCUAAGAUGAUUCAAUAAUAUGCGCGGUGAUAUAUAAUAUUGUCUAAUAGUUUCUCGAACCGUAACUUUGUGUAGCAAAGUCGUAAUAUUCGUCAAGAACAAUAUGAUAAUUUUAAUUUAGCGUCUGUUUGGCUGUAACUUUUUGAAGUUAAAGUGUUAGUAGUUAGUUUUCUCGAAUCCAA